AUGGCGGACAAGAAGUGGCUGUUGGCGCCGGGGCCGCUGGAACCGAUGCCCCUGGGCAUGAACUGCAAGCCCUGGUACAAAGACAGGUUACCUUCCAAGUGUUUGGCAAAGCACAAGAACAGGCUUCUGAAGUUCCCCACCUCCCUGGACGGCCGGCGGUGGGUAUUUGUGAAAGAGGGGCUGGACGACUUCAGGAGGGGCUGUCCACCUUGCGAAGACAUAAUCAUUCGCGGCCGUAAGGAGGGUUUUCUCCCCGUGAUUGCUCACAGAGUUCCCCAACCUGCCCCUCCAAAAAGUGAGAAAAAGCCACCCAAGGAAGCAGGCCAGUUUUCCACGCUCUCAUCAGCCCAGCUAGCACGGAAGGCAUUCGUAGAGGACAUCGAAGCCCGCCUGACCGAGCAUCCCUUGGCUCAUUACCCGAGUCUGGAGGAAGAUCUACCUGCAGACCUCUUAUUAAAGGUGCUGGAAGUGCUCGAUCCUGACAGGAAGCUGGCGGACACCUGGGCUUAUUGUCAGGGCACCAGGAAAAGAACGAAGCCCCCCACAAAGCUUAGUGGAAAAUGUCGUGCCAGAGCCUACCUAGACCUUCCCAAGAAGACUCCCGUGUCACAUCCAGACAAUUUGCUUCAUGAAGAAAAGUCAAGCACAACGGAUUUGCCCCCAGAGCCUCCCUCUCUUAGAAGAGCACCGAGAGGAAUUCGUAAAUUCUGCAAAUGGAUUGCGACUUUUGGAGACGUUGGCAUUGAUGAAGAGUUCAUCAUAAAUCUGUGUAAGGUUGACUUUCAGUACAAACCAACCUAUGAUACGGGCCACAUAAAGAAAAUAAACAUGCUUUCUUCAAAGCUAAAGUACAGCCUGACGAUGGAGAAAAUGAAGGAGAUCAAAUUCUCCACGGAUGAAAUAAACUGGGCGUGGAAACUCCAGAAACCACACGAUCCUUAUAAAGUCAAUCGGGUGAAGAUGAGGUAUGGAGCAUGGUACCUGAAGCCCAAGUUGUGGAAAAAGCUAAUAAAUGAUGAACCUUUGAUUGACCCCGAAGAGGAUUCUCGAAGGAAGGCUCUUCAACCGGACAUUCUUGAAGAUCUUUAUGGAACAAUUGCCUUUAAAGAUUUCAUUGUAAGCAAGGGCUACAGGAUGCCAGACAUCCUUGAGAAGUUGUUUCUCAGGAAGGGAUGGAACUACGAUUCUGUUAAGACUCCUCUACACAGAGUAAUAAGAAUUAGCACAAACGUAGAAGAAGAUUCACAGGAAGAAAUUUAG